AUGACAUCCUCUCAUCACGACCUCCCUUCCUCUUUGGAAACUGCCGUCCUCUGCGAGUCGGUCAAAAUGCCCGACGACGCGCCGUUCAUUCGAGGGUACGACUUUGCUCCCCCUGCUUCGUCGUCGUCGUCGUCUUCAGACGCCAAAAACGGCGCAAAAACGGGGAAAAGUGGUGGCGGCAUCUGUUACGAAACCUUACUCGACUCUCUCUUAACGACUGGAUUCCAAGCCACCUCUUUGGGGAUGUGCAUCGAGGAAGUGAACAGAAUGCUCAGGUGGCGAUUAUCGGACGAAAAGAGAACGACGACGGAAACGAAAGAAGGAGGAGAGGAAAACACGUUCGAACCUUCCCGCGACGAUUUGUUGACGGACGAAGAGAGAAGUGAAAUUCGGACGAAAAUUUUUUGCGGGUUCACGUCCAACUUGACUUCAUCGGGCGUCCGAGAAACGUUGUGCUACUUAGCCAAGAACAAAAUGAUCGACGUGUUUUGCACGACCGCGGGAGGAAUCGAGGAAGAUUUCAUCAAGUGCCUCGCGAAGACGUACAUUGGGGAUUUCGCGCUGAAAGGCGCAGACUUGCGAGAGAAAGGAUUGAACAGAAUAGGGAACUUGUUAGUCCCGAACGAUAACUAUUGCAAGUUUGAAGAUUGGUUGAUGCCUCUUUUAGACAAGAUGUUGAGCGAGCAAAAUGAGAAAGGCACGCACUGGACGCCUUCGUCGUUCAUUAAACGAUUAGGUUUGGAAAUUAACGACGAGACGUCGGUGUUUUAUUGGUGCGCGAAGAACGACAUCCCGGUGUAUUGUCCGGCGCUCACCGACGGUUCCAUCGGCGACAUGCUCUAUUUUCACUCGUUUAAAAAUCCAGGUUUAAUCAUCGAUUUAGUCAAAGACAUUAAAAACUGUAACGACGAAGCGUUUCUCGUCAAGCAACCUCGAAAAACUGGGCUCAUCAUAUUAGGAGGCGGUGUCGCCAAACACCACAUGGCGAACGCGAACCUGAUGAGAAACGGCGCCGACUUCGCCGUCUACAUGUCCACGGCGACGGAACACGACGGCUCAGACAGCGGUGCUCGACCGGACGAAGCCGUCAGUUGGGGGAAAAUUACCUUGGACGCGAGACCGGUCAAAUGCUACGUGGAUUGUACCAUCGGGUUUCCGUUGUUAGUCAGCAGGACGUUCGCCAAACCCGGAGGCGAUUGGGUUCCCAAGAAGGCUUGA